AUGAGGUCUUUUAGUAGAACACAUGCCCUAGCCAGGGAUAAAGCAGGCAUUUCUAUUGAUCUACAAGCGAUCUGUCAAAACUUCUCUGAUCAGGCUUUUUACUAUCUCGUCUUGAGUCCUUUUUUUAAUGACAUCUAUUAUCAGAUUGAAAUGGCGAUUGAGACACUGCAAAAGUCUGAUGGUCUGUCCACUCACAGAAGCUCUCUUCUCAACAGCCAUCUUCAGUGGCUUUUAGACAACUAUGAAACUGCAGAAGGAGUGAGCCUUCCAAGAAGUACCCUUUACAACCAUUACUUACGACAUUGUCAGGAACACAAGUUGGAUCCAGUCAAUGCUGCCUCCUUUGGAAAACUCAUACGGUCAAUCUUCAUGGGAUUACGGACCAGAAGACUUGGAACUAGGGGGAACUCCAAGUAUCAUUACUAUGGUAUUCGUGUCAAGCCAGACUCUCCUCUUAAUCGACUACAAGAGGACAUGCAAUAUAUGGCUAUGAGACAACAGCCCAUGCAGCAGAAACAGAGGUAUAAGCCUAUGCAGAAAGUGGAUGGAGUCGCAGAUGGCUUCACAGGAAGUGGUCAACAGACAGGCACAUCUGUUGAACAAACUGUUAUUGCCCAAAGUCAACAUCAUCAACAGUUUUUAGAUGCAUCUCGAGUACUUCCAGAGUUUGGGGAAGUUGAAAUAUCUUCUCUACCAGAUGGUACUACCUUUGAGGACAUCAAAUCACUGCAGAGUCUUUAUCGAGAGCACUGUGAGGCAAUACUGGAUGUGGUUGUGAAUCUUCAGUUCAGUCUGAUAGAAAAAUUGUGGCAAACUUUCUGGCGCUAUUCUCCCUCUGCUCCACCUGAUGGUACUAAUAUUACCGAACCAAGCAAUCUCAGUGAAAUAGAAAGUCGACUUCCAAAAGCAAAGCUGAUUAGUCUUUGCAAGAAUGAGUCUAUUCUGAAAUGGAUGUGUAAUUGUGACCAUGUGAUGUACCAGGCUUUGGUGGAGAUUCUCAUUCCUGACGUCCUUAGACCUAUUCCUAGUGCCUUGACCCAAGCCAUUCGCAAUUUUGCAAAAAGCCUUGAAGGCUGGCUUUCAAAUGCCAUGAACAAUAUUCCACAGAGGAUGAUACAAACCAAGGUUGCCGCUGUAAGUGCCUUUGCCCAGACUCUGCGAAGAUACACAUCUCUCAAUCACCUGGCUCAAGCAGCUCGUGCUGUGCUUCAAAAUACUUCUCAAAUCAAUCAGAUGCUCAAUGAUCUUAACCGUGUUGAUUUUGCCAAUGUUCAGGAGCAGGCUUCCUGGGUGUGCCAGUGUGAUGACAACAUGGUUCAGAGACUAGAAACAGAUUUCAAGAUGACACUUCAACAGCAAAGCACUCUGGAGCAGUGGGCUGCUUGGCUUGAUAAUGUAAUGAUGCAAGCACUGAAACCAUAUGAAGGAAGACCCAGCUUUCCUAAAGCAGCACGGCAAUUCCUGUUAAAAUGGUCUUUCUACAG